GCAACGCGACCAGCUCUCCUGAGGGCUUGUUCGAGCGCUGCAGCUAUUUCGAAUUUGGCGACAUUGGUGCUGGUUCCUCGCCGACCUUGCCUCAGCCAAGCAGUCCUGCUGGCGAAGCGGUCUUCACUACACGGUAAAGUGAGGCUGCUGUGGCGUGCGAAUGCUGCAUUGCAGAGACGUGUGGGAAGAGUGCUGCCAAAGUCAUCACACGCAACAUCCUUGAUCCCAGGGGUGCACCUCUUCGAGAGGACAUCUCUAAGCCUUUUGUGGAGGCAUUAAAAAGGACCAUGGCUGAUAGAACCCAGAAGAUUCCUGGUGUCCAAUUUCCAUUUCCCUUCACACCUUAUUCCAUCCAGAAAGACUUUAUGGCAGAGCUGUACCAGGUUUUGGAGGCUGGCAAGAUUGGGAUAUUUGAGAGCCCAACUGGCACUGGAAAGUCCUUAAGUCUUAUUUGUGGGGCCCUCUCCUGGCUCCGUGACUUUGAACAGAAGAAGCGUCAGGAAGAGGCACGUCUCCUGGAAACCGGCCCCUCUAGGGAUGAGAAGGACCCGUCCCCACUUCUCUCAGCUUCCUGCCCAGAGACGGCGGCCGCCCAGGGGCCUGCUGGAGAACCGGACUGGGUGACUCAGUUUGUGCAGAAGAAAGAAGAAAGGGACCUGGUGGACCGACUGAAGGAGGAGCAGAUCCGGAGGAGGAAGCGAGAAGAACGCCUGCAGCGGAUCCAUCACAACUCGCAGCUCAAGAGUGCAGCCAAGCGCCUGAGACAGGAAGAAGAAGAAACCGAGAAUCUCCUCCGCCUGAGCAGGGAGAUGCUGGCAGCAGGAACGGGGGCUGAGCAGCCGGAGCAGCUGGAGUCUGGGGAGGAGGAGCUGGUCCUGGCUGAAUAUGAGAGCGACGAGGAGAGAAAAACAGCUCGAGGAGUGGAUGAGGAUGAGGAUGACCUGGAGGAAGAACAUGUGACUAAGAUUUAUUACUGCAGUCGGACACACUCCCAGCUGUCCCAGUUUGUGCACGAAGUACAGAAGAGCCCCUUUGGCAAGGACAUCCGGCUCGUCUCCCUCGGCUCUCGGCAGAAUCUUUGUAUAAAUGAAGACGUGAAGAGCCUGGGUUCUGCGCAGCUUAUUAACGACCGCUGCAUGGACAUGCAGAGAAGCAAACACGAGAAGAGAAAUGAAGCUGAGGAGGAGAAGCCAAAGAGGAGGAGGCAGGAGAAGAGGGCUUCCUGCCCCUUCUACAACCACGAGCAGAUGCACCUCCUCCGGGAUGAGAUCCUGGCAGAGGUAAAGGACAUUGAGCAGCUGGUGGCCGUCGGGAAGGAGGCCCGGGCCUGUCCCUAUUAUGGGAGCCGGUUUGCCAUUCCUGCAGCCCAGCUGGUGGUGCUGCCCUACCAGAUGCUGCUGCACGCGGCCACCCGGCAGGCGGCCGGCAUCCGGCUGCAGGGCCAGGUGGUGAUCAUCGAUGAGGCCCACAACCUGAUCGACACCAUCACGGCCAUCCACAGUGCGGAGGUCAGCGGCUCCCAGCUCUGCCAGGCCCAUUCCCAGUUGCUCCAGUACAUGGAACGAUACGGGAAGCGUCUGAAGGCCAAGAACCUGAUGUACAUCAAACAGAUCCUGUACGUGCUGGAGAAGUUUGUGGCCGUGCUGGGGGGGAACAUUAAGGAAAAUCCCAGCACACAGAGCCUCCCACAGACAGGGACGGAGCUGAAGACCAUCAACGACUUCCUCUUUCAGAGCCAGAUCGACAACAUCAACCUGUUCAAGGUGCAGCGGUACUGCGAGAAGAGCAUGAUCAGCAGAAAGCUCUUCGGCUUCACAGAACGAUACGGCUCAGUCCUCUCGUCCUCCCGGGAGCGGCCCAGGCUGGCUGGGUUUCAGCAGUUCCUGCAGAGUCUGCAGCCCGGGGUGACUGAGGCCCCUGCGGCCCCUGUGGACGAGGGCCAGGCCAGGGCCCCCACGUCCCCACUGAUGCACAUCGAAGGCUUCCUCGCAGCUCUCACCACGGCCAACCAGGACGGCAGGGUCAUCCUGAGUCGCCAAGACAACCUCAGUCAGAGCAGCCUCAAAUUCUUACUGCUGAAUCCAGCUGUGCACUUCGCCCAGGUGGUGAAGGAGUGCCGGGCAGUGGUCAUUGCGGGGGGCACCCUGCAGCCGGUGUCCGACUUCCGGGAGCAGCUGCUGGCCUGCGCCGGGGUGGAAGCUGAGCGAGUGGUGGAGUUUUCCUGCGGUCACGUGAUCCCCCCGGACAACAUCCUGCCCAUCGUCCUCUGCAACAGCAUCUCUGGCCAGCCGCUGGAAUUCACGUUCCAGCGCAGGGAGCUGCCACAGAUGAUGGACGAGGCAGGUCACAUUCUGUGUAACCUGUGUAAGGUGGUUCCUGGAGGGAUGGUCUGUUUCUUCCCCUCCUAUGAGUACCAGCGCCGGGUCCACGCCCACUGGGAGAAGAGUGGCCUGCUGGGCCGCCUGGCCACCAGGAAGAAGAUUUUCCAGGAACCCAAGAGUGCAAACCAGGUGGAGCAGGUGCUGACGGAGUAUUCCAAGUGCAUUGAGCGCUGUGACCAGGCGAAAGGCCGGGUGACGGGGGCCCUGCUCUUCUCUGUGGUUGGAGGAAAGAUGAGUGAAGGGAUCAACUUCUCUGACAACCUAGGCCGGUGCGUGGUCAUGGUGGGCAUGCCCUACCCCAACGUCAGGUCUCCAGAGCUACAGGAGAAGAUGGCCUACUUGGAUCAGACCCUUCCCAGAAGGCCAGGGAAGGCCCCCCCAGGGAGGGCUUUGGUGGAGAACCUGUGCAUGAAGGCUGUCAACCAGUCCAUAGGCAGGGCCAUCAGGCACCAGCGGGACUUUGCCAGCAUAGUGCUCCUGGACCAGCGCUACGCCCAGCGCCCCGUCCUGGCCAAGCUGCCAGCCUGGAUCCGAGACCGCGUGGAGGUCACAGCCUCCUUUGGCCCCGCCGUAGCCAUGCUGCGGAAGUUUCAUCGGGAGAAGUCUGCCUCUUCCUGAUGCACAGGGACACCGCUGCCCCCGCCAGGCCCUUCCUCGACCAGGGCUGCCGGAGAUAGUGUGUGGCUUGGGCCUGGCCUGCAGGGAGCCUGCCCAGGAAGAGGAUGCUCGGGGAGAGCGUUGCGUGCAGUGUGCUGCCAGGGCUUAGGCGCAGGUGGACGAGCCUGUGGGAGACAACUUGGCUAAUCCUGGAGAAACGGGGGGGGGGGGUGUCCCUGGGCAGCCCCCUCCCUGGAAUCGAGUCUGUCUGCCCAUUCAGCAAUGCCAGGGGGCCAUAUGCCUCUGUCCUUUCUCACUAAAAUGAGCUGUUCUAGACUUUUCACCCUAUCUUCUAAAUUUAAAAUAUUCCCCCAUUUCCAGCCCCUGGUGGCCCUAGGGCUCUUGAGUGUCCCCAGCCACCUGAGCAAAGGGGAAGACACCUUCUACCCUGACAUCAGCAAUUAUGCCAAGGGUCGUUUACCUCUCAGCGUUACUAUUUAGAGACCCAUGUCUGUCACUGAGACUCUUUUUCCUGUGGGAAGAUAUUCUCCCUCCCGUCUGCAACAGCUGCCUCUGGUGUCUGACCCCAGAGAAAGGGGCCUUGGUACCCCAAGAUGUUCUGCCCCA